CGGGAAACCAUCCGACUCUCAUUCAAUUCAGUGGGAAGCGCCUGCUGCACGCACGGUGGCGAAAGAUGGCCUCACCAAGGACAAUUACUAUCGUAGCCCUUUCUUUUGCUUUGGGGUUAUUUUUCGUGUUUAUGGGGACCAUUAAGCUCACCCCGAGACUAAGCAAAGACGCAUACAGUGAAAUGAAAAGGGCAUACAAGAGCUAUGCCAAGGCACUGCCAGGCCUGAAAAAGAUUGGCAUCAGCUCAGUCCUGCUUCGUAAGAUCAUUGGCUCUCUGGAGGUGGGCUGUGGUGUGGUGCUCACCCUCGUACCGGGCAGGCCGAAGGAUGUGGCCAACUUCCUGCUGUUGCUGGUCAUGCUUGCCGUCCUAUUCUUCCACCAGCUAGUAGGAGACCCCCUGAAACGGUACGCCCACGCUCUAGUCUUUGGUAUUCUGCUCACCUGCCGACUGCUUAUUGCCCGCCAGAGUGACGACCGGCCGGAGAGAGAGGACAGCAGAGAGGAACAGCACAUCAAUGACCAGGAAAAGAACAAGGUCAAGCAGUCUUAAGAUCCUCUCCUACUUUCGUCCAAGCCACAACGAAGGGAACCUGGUGCGCCCCUAUGGAUUGUAGUAAUUCAAAUUUUGAAGGAAUCAGUCACUUCCAGUAAUAACACCCCUCACACCGUGUCCCGUCCCAUCCAGCUGGCUGACUGAUGACUCUCACCUACUCCACUGCACUCUUACUGUGAGACUGAGAACUCCUGAUCCUGGUACAUCCUCCACAUAACCGUGGACAAUCAUAUCUGUGGAAACUCUCAUGAGCUCUGCUCGUUGUCUGAAUAGUGAAUCCAUUUUUCCCUAUUUAUUUCAGUCCAACACUGUGCUAAAUGUGUUUGUGUUUUUAAUCAAGUGUGAACUUCAUUUAUGUUACAAGUUGAUUUGAGAAUGCUGUUUUUCAUGAAGGAAUCUUUGUAGCUUGAUUUUCUAAUUUGUUUUUAUACUGUAGGUAGGAGAGACUGAUGAUUUAUGAAAUUCAGUAGUUCUAGCAUGUUUCAUCUGGUCAAGAGUACAGAACAUGAACCAAAAUAAGCACUUUUGAAACAAUUUUGUACAAAUUAUACAUCAACAAGUAUUGCAUAUCGACAUCUUAUUUUGGUUCAGUGUUACCAGAAGGCAGUUUUGGAAAGGAAAAAAAAUGUAUAAACCCUUGUUCAUUUUUCAUCUCAGUACAUUUUUGUAGAGGUAUGCAUGAAAUCCUUCCUCCCAGAGUAAAAGAAGCUGAAUACCCCCUUUCUCCUUUCAGUUCAGUUAUCACAGUGAAGUUGUGUAGCUGGAAAGUACAGCAGUUGCUGCCUCAGGUGUCUGCUUCUAGCUUGUACAGCAGAACAUAACCAAAUAAAAAAAAAAGUCCUUUUGCCUGUUAAAAAUUUUACCUUUUGUAAUUCACAUUUGAAGCCUAAAACGUAUUCACUGUCUCUUCAAGAUUCUGAUGAUCUGUUUGGUUUUAUUUUUUCUCUCUAAAGAUAUAAAACGCAUUCCUAUUACAGUUCUGCGAAGGGGAUUCGAUUGAAAACCCUGUUGGUUAGUUUUAAGAUUCACAAUAUUUCUGUAAAUGAUAUACUUAAAAUAAAGAAUUGGAGGUGAGACUGA